CACUGUUCCGACGACGGUGGAAAAAUGGCGUCAAAGUAAGUGAUUCAAAGUGGCACUGGGAAAGUACGGCUGAGCAGAUUUUGUGAAAUUUUAACCGUUUAGAGUGUGUUCUGGGGUCUCAAAAGGGCCCUAAAAGGUGGACGCUAAGGAAAAUCGAUAGAUAGAAGGAUUACCGAGCAGCAAAAGCAGAGGCUGUUAUUUAUCGCAAAACGCCGUCGCUCUGUAACCCGAGACAACCGCAAAACUUGCACUCAACAUAAGGGGUGGCUAAGCUGCCCUCCCCCCAAACCACUUCCUGCUGGAAAGCGUCAUCGUCCUUACAUUCCUGACCCCACAACAAACGGAUUCCUGAGAUAGCUCGUCACGAACCCCACAAAACACAGUCAGUGUUAGAGUCAUGUCAGGACGCCACUAGAAGAAGAAGAAGCAGAAGAAGGAAUUUACGCCCCAGUAUUUGUCCGUAUUGCACCGCAGGAUUAAUCCCUCUAAAAUCAAAGCACCAUGGAGGAACUGCUGUUGACGAUCGUGAAGGAGGCCACCGGAAGCAAGCAGCAAAAUUUGAAACAAGCCGCACAAAUCGCCCACGAUAAGCUCCUGCGCCAGCAUGGCAUCCACCGGGAUCCGUCGUACGAGCUGCGAACGGUUUGCUUUACCGCGCUCCAGAUGGCACUGGAGACGAAACGGCCCAAGUUUGUCACCUACGGGUUGAAUGGAUUGCAUCGCAUCAUCCGCGACGAGCGUUUCUUCUUCGGACUGGAACCCGAGGACGACUCGGUGUGGCUUCCGGCCCAGCUGCUACGCACCACCUCGGGCAUCUCAACCGUCGGCAACGAGGACACCGUGGUCAACGUGCUGCGCCUGUUCCUCUCGAUGGCCUGCUCGCAAACUUGUACCCUGAACGGUCGCCUGCUCAUUGAAGUGCUGUCCAAAUGUGGCGAAUGCUGGGAGAAUGGAUCCAGGGCGGUGAAGGCCGCCUCGCUGGCCGCCGGAAGUCAGUGCCUGAGGGCGUUCUGUAUGUUUUUGAAGGACGAAGCGGAGGAGAUUCUGCGAACCGGUCCGGCUGGGAUUAUUAAUGUUGGGAUGGCCGCCGCGGUUUAUAACGAGGUCAUUCCGGUUAUGCAGUGGCUUUGUAGCAGGUUGAUUGAACCGACCACGGGAAGUCCGAAGAGGACGGAUACGGCUGGGUCGUUGUAUCUGAUGGAGUGCAUCUUGACGUUGGUCACGGCUCUUCCGCCGGAUGUCCACGCAAAUCCGCACUUUACGGCGUUCCUGUGGCAGAAGUUUUGUCCCACGUUGGCCGCUACGCUGGGAUCGCCCGGAAGGGUCAACAUUGACAAGAAGUUUACCUACAAGGAUGCCAUCCACCUGAUCGAGAGUGAGCACCGUGGGUUCUUCACCCGGCCCGGGCUGGAUGGUCCCCAGGCGCGGUGCAUCUACCUGACCAGCGUUCAGCUGUUACGGAUUGCGGGAGCUCAGGGCACGUUGAGGCCUAUGUUGGAGGCGCUGUUUCAUCGGAUGCUGCUGUUGCCCGUGCCGGCGAACAGGGCCGAGCCACUGCGGUGCGUGAGGGAGAUCUUCAAGAGUCCGGAGCGGUUGAUUGACUUGGCGGUGAUUUUGUACCCGGACAAGACGCAGGGACAGAGCUGCAGCGAUGAUAUGGCGCUGUUUAGAUUGAUCAUCGACGCCAUGGAAGAAUGCGCCACCUCGGCGCAAAACUCGUCCGGCGGCGUCACCAGCUCCAACUCCGUCGACAACUCGAUGACCUCCAGCGUGGAGUGCAUCGUUGCCCUGCUCGAGAGCCUCCAAACGCUGUGUUCCGGAAACUUUGACGAGUCGAUCAUCAGUGAUCGCGUCACGGAUGCCGUCAACGCGCGGUACUAUCAGCUGCGGGAGGUGGACUAUACGGGUCCGCUCACAUAUCAAUCGAUGGCAAGGUUGCCCGCUCCAUACAGGGAUGCCGUGGCGGAGCUGCGGCAGAGCGGGUUCGAGACUUCGUCCGAGUCGGAGGUUGAUGGGGAGCAUCAGAUCGAUCCGGAAGCGGGAUCGAUGGGAUCGGGAGAUACGGAGGGACCGGAGGACGAGGCGCACUCGUCGAGCGAUGAUAUUUCCUCGAAGGCCGACGGGAAUUGGCCGUGGGCACAUCUGGAGGAGCCGCCGCACACGAGGUCGGACGUGGACUGCGAUCGGCACCACGCGAGGGAGUUCGCGAAGGUGUUGACGAAUGAUUUGGUGGGAAAUUUGCUCAAGCUGAAGGCUUCUGUAGAAGUUGAUGAGGCAAUCCAGGAGUUUGCGUCGAAUAUCUGCCAGCAAAACAGCUUGAACUAUUCGGAUUAUGACUACAACUUGACAGCGCUGAACGCGGACGGGAUCUAUUUGGCGACCUACUCGGCGCUUCUCCUGGCACUGCAGCUUAUGAAGGCUGGCCACUACGAUGAGAACCAUGAACCGGUGUUGAUUCCGUUAUCCGAGCAGCAGUUCGUUACUUCCGUGCAGAACGCCGGAGUUCUAGUCUACCUAAGCUCGGCUUGGCUCCGCGAACUCUACCAGUGCAUCUUAGCGAACAAUCCACUAAGCUUGCUGAAAUCCGUGGAGAACACCGACGGAUCACACUGCGCCCUCGUAGACAUGCUGUACGACGCCGGUGGAGUCGGUCCCACGCAGAUGCUGUCCGACUGGCAGCGACUCCAGUCGGUCGUAAGGAUUCAAAGCGAACCAACCAUCAAGCAACUCGCGGCAAAAAAGCUUGCCCGUAGGCUGCUGACCUGCUGUUGGGACUCCAUGGUCACCGUCCUGACCGCGGGACUGGGUGAAGUGGACGAUUCCCGCACAGCUCGCCUGGUAAAACUUUCCAAGAAAACCCUGCGUGUAAAGAAGAAAGCCCGCUGCUCUGGCGAAGCCCUGUACGCUCUAAGCCUGGAAGGACUCCACGCCGCAGCAACGCUGAGCAACUCCCUCAACCUGCAACAUCUAGCCGGCAAGAUCCUUAACCUGAUCGCGACCAACGUGUGUCAAAACUCCGGACCAAAGAUCCCCGCCAGUCAGGCCCUGUCCAUGGACGUGGUGCUGUCCGGCGGACUCGAGCUGGGCUCACAUUCCGCAGAUUGCUGGCUGCCGGUGUUCUCUGUCUGUCGACACGUCACCCAGCUGGAACACGACCUGUUCAGCUCGCAGAACGCCGCCAUGAACAACGCUUCGUCGAACGUGGCAUCGAAUGGAAGCGGAAAGGAGUCGGAUUCUCCAGCGAAGGCAAGCGGACCAGGAGAUAAGCUGAACCUGUCGGCGUACCCGAUCGACGAGGAUGAAACCUGCGUGGAUGUGUACAGCUUCCUGCAAGCACCGCUCCCCAACUCGAACGCCAACGUUGCGACCAUCCUGAAAGCGUACUCCGGCAACGACGCCAUCAACCUGUCCCAAGCGGACACGGCCAAGAUGCUGUGCGCGUUGUCCCACCAAGCGGACACGCUUUUCUCCGACGCCGCAGAGCGGCUCAGCCUACCAGCGCUGCUCCAAUUCCUGAAGAGUCUCUGCCGGGCGUCCCGCGAGCAACUGUACCGCAACAGUUCCUCCAAGAAGGGCAAAAAGUCCUGGUGGUUGGGCCGACCGUGGAAGGUCAAGAAUGACUCGUUGCCACUGUCGCUGCUUCUGCACCGGGUUGGGGACGUGACGCUGAAGGUGUUCCGCGGACCAAGGCCGCUGCUGCACAUACUGAAGGUUUGGGCCAUCACCGGGCCUCAUUUGAUGGAUGCCGCCUGCCACAAGGACCGCACGAUCUCGAAGCGUGCCAUCGAGUACAUCCACGACAUCAUCACGGCGCUGCUCGUCGAGCAAUCCGAACUUCCGCACUUCCACUUCAACGAGGCGCUGCUCAAACCGUUCGAGAACCUGCUCAGCAUGGACUCGUGCGACGUUGACGUGCAGGACCAGAUCGUCGGCUGCCUGUACGAGAUCGUCGAAGCUCAUCGCACGGAGAUUCGCUCCGGCUGGCGGCCACUGUUUGGAACGCUGCGAACCGCCCGAAACCGUCCCGUUCAUCUGUCCAACAUCAUCGACAUCUUCCACGUGUUCCUGGAGACGGACAAUACGCUGGUGUUUGCGAACGCUGGGUUGGACUGCAUUCUGUGCUUGUUGUCUUAUUUGGAGAUAUCCGGAAGUGGGGGGAGUGUAGCUGGGGCGACCGGGGGUGGUGGAGGUUCAGAUGGGGCAAACGAGGACAAUAACAUACGCUCGAGUGAUUUUUUAUAUGAUGCGCUGAAGUUUCUCGAGCGUUGCUCGUCGAUCCUGAGCUUCAUGUUCAACAUGCCGCAGUGUCCGAACCUGCACUCGACGUACAAGAUUAAGGGAAUCACGUACACGCACAUCAUCGACGCGAACAUCCCCAACUCGAUGGAGAACUUCACGUACUUUGGGCAGGACUACCUGCAAAGCAGCAACGAGCAGUACAUGAUCAGCUAUCGAUCGCUGCACAUCGACAAGGAGACGAUCACGAAGAUUGACGAGCUGGACAAGCCAAGUGGAGUGUUGAAGGUGUGGUUCCUGUUGCUGGACGGACUGACCAACUCGUUGAUCGUGUGUCCGAUCGCGCACCAAUCGCCCAUUCUGCAGUCGAUCUUCAAGCUGUUCAAGUCGCUGCUCGCAAAUCCGGGCAUCGAGUUUGGAUUCUACUGCAUCAAUCAUCUGCUGAUCCCGAUGAUCCAGGACUGGCUGCGGUACGUGAACAAAGCCCAGAAGAACUGGGCCUUGAUCGAGAAGAACUUCAAACACUGCUGCUGCAUGACGACAGAUUUGGUGGUGGAGUUUAUCGAAAAGUCGCAGACUACGCUGGAGGAGCGGGUCGUGAUCGGAAGCGAGCAGUCAUACGAGAGUCAGAAGCAUCAGCAGGCGAUCAAGAAGAGCAAGUUUACGUCGAUCGUGAGGCCUGUGGAUAACCUCAAGUACAGCAAGCUGAGGAAGAUGGGAUCAGUAGAUGAGCAACCGCAACCGGCACAGUUCUCGAGCUACUACACAAAGAAGGAAGAGGAAGUCCCAAGCGCGACAAAGAUCCCGACGGCGGCGAUCUUGGCACUUAAGCAGCUCCUGCUGGUGCUGAUCGAGUGUUCGGCACAGUCCCAGGAGACGAUCGCACGAGUUGGAGUGAGCUGCAUGAAGCACAUUAUCUUCUCAACCGGACACAUCUUCAACGAGGACCAGUGGAUGGUGAUCACGUCGGCGAUACAUCGCGCCAGUACGGUGACAAUGGCACCGUUGAGACAGCUGAUCUUUGCGUUCAACGAGAACUCAAACAGCUUCUACGGGGACUGUGCGAACGUGAAGGUGGCAGCACGACGCGAUAGCACGCUGGAUGAACUGCAGAGGGUGCAUUCGUUGGCCCAACAGGUGUUCCUAAUGGACAAUCAGCGAGAUAUGAUCAAUAGCAAGUUGAACAAUAACGUCGGAGGAGGGUUGAACGGAGUGAACGGUGCUGGAACUGCGAACGACGAUCGAUCGUACUCGUUCCUGCUGUACCCGUUGAACUGUAACACGAACAUGACUCAGUCGUGCUCGGCGAACGGUGGAGGGAUCAGCGCAUCAUUGCAAAGCAACGGACUCAACCUGGACAGCUACAUCAUACGGAUUCCGUACAGGAACCUGGUCGUGGGAAUGCUCGCUAGUCAGAUGUUGCUCCAGCUAAUCGCAAACAUCCUGCUGAAUGGAUUGACAAACGUGCCACACGAGUUGAACUCGUGCAUCUACAACGGAGCGGAUGCUGGUGGUGGUACCGGAACUAGCAGCACAAGCAAGGCUCUCUUCCAGCUGGGCUAUCGAAGCAAGGAAGUGCUGCUGCGAACUCUGAAACAAUUUCUGAUCUGUUCGAUGGACUUUGACAUGCGACCGGGGCUGAAGUUCCUCAUCCAAAAGGUUUCCAACAUCGAGAGCGCCGCCAACUUGUACAAGCAGAUGACCUCCUCCUGGAUCAUCAACUUCAUGACCCUGGUAGACGUGUACAUCAACAACAUUCGAGCGUACAGCCUAACCGAAGAUGACGUCAAGUACAUCUUGGAUUCGUGCAGCCACAUGACGGCCGCCAGCCAGCAGUGGAAGAAGAACGAAAACUUUGUCCACUACCUGCUGGCCCUUCGCGAUCUCUGGGACCUCAUCGCCGAGCACUACAUCGACAACCUGGACACGAACGGAAACCCGGACGGCUCGAUCGUAACCCACAUCGUGGAGAACAAGCUGGAGAAGUACGAACGCUUCGACGACAAGCUGGACAAUAACAGCUCGGACGGUGAACAGGCGGGAACGCCCGAAGGUAUCCGCGAGCUGCCCGUUGACGACGACGACGAAGCGGACGACAAUCAGGGUUCCACCAUCAACGAUCCGGAGUCUCCUACGAAAAGCGAAGAGGAGAGUGUUUCCGUCUCCACGAUCGUUGGCGGCAGUGGACGCCUCAACCCGUUCAACAUCUCGACGAGCGCCCAGCAACAUCUGCAACAUCAGCAGCAGCUGCAGCACCAGCAACAACAGCAGCAAUCGAUCUCGCCGGAGAUCGAACAGCAGCGAACGAACAGCAUCCAGAAGGAUUUGAUCAGCAAGCGAUCGGCGCUCAAGCAGCUGAUCGUGGCGUCGAUGGAAUUGCUAAAGCUACUUCCGGAGGAGCAGGCGGAGAUCCUUAAGCUUUUGCUAACGCCCAAGAUUCGGGAAGCGUUCCGCGCGGUCCAGGAGCAAGGAGCCGGCGGGAUAAGCAUGGAAUGAGACGACACAAAAACAUAUGCAAGUUUACAUUUCGAUUGAUGACAAGAUAUAAUCGACUAGACUGAAAAAUCGUUUAACAAAAAUAUAUAUCGCAAAUUUACAGACAAUGCAAAUCCUGAAUUGAAGUUGAAUGGAAGAUCAAGAAAAAAUACAUAUUUUGAUGAUAUAUAGCUUUACAUAAUUUAUACAUUAAAGCAUGGAACAAACAAAAUCAUAUAUACCAACAUAUAUAUACAUUAUUGAAGCCACGCCUCCUGUUCCAAAUCCCCUAACAAAUGAAAAAACAAGCCCCUCCCCCCAUUAUAACUGUUGAUAUACGCUAAGGAAUUUACCAAUACCAAAAAAACGCUAUCUACAACACUUAUCGAGCGACAAGUUGAGAGGUUUUUCAAACGGAAAAUUUACUGCAAAACAAAGAUUUACGAAAGCGCAAGAAAAUUUUCAUGAUGUCAUGAUUUUGUAUUGGUGAACUACGUCCUGCACGUAGUUCACCAAUACAAAAGCAACACAGUGAAGAUUCACACAUUUCUUUUUGACGCGUCGUGUUUGACAACCAAGUCGCAAAAGAGAUCUCCACGACAGCUCUUUCUGUGCUCACACAGGGCCACAGUUGAUUCAUCGAUUCACAGUUGAUUUUUGCUUUUUUGGUAUUUUGCAUACAAAUUUGAAAAAGUGAACAAAAAUUGUUCUCUGAUGUGCUUUUAUGGUAUGAUAAAAUCAACAUAUGGCUUUAGGACCCACAUUGGUAAGUAGUUGGUGUCAAACGCAGUAUUUCUGAAAAAAUAUCUGGCAAGGAAAACAAAAACAUGGAAUUUUAUUGAAAUUUUCAUGAUUUUUUUUUUUGUAAAAUAGAUAACUUCUGUGAUGCAGUGAAUUUUCUGUUGAAAAUAAAUUCACAUAAUCUUUCAAUAAAAUCGCUCGAUUCUGGUGCUACAUACACUGACACGAUUCGUGCUGUAGUGAAUACACACAGCCCGGCAUACACACGAAACUAACACACGCUAACCUACACUGAAAACGCUCAAGCUAAAAGCGCCCACUCACUCAUACUCGUAAACCCACAAAUCACAAACCAAAAACUGCUACUACCACUACUACUGCUGCUGCUGUUGCAAUCACUGCACUCACACUCACACACAAUCUCUCUCUUAUAAUCAACGCGUCACCUAUUUAACCAACACAACUAAACACAGUUGAUGAAAUGAGCAACGCAACACACUCACUUUUUUAAAAACCAAACUAAUACAAAACUGCUUUCGUACUUAACCCACACGCUUUCGGUUUUUUCAUUCGUAUAAUCUUUCGCUUUCCUUAAACAAACAAGCAAGCAAACAAAAAAACUAUCUAUCUCUGUCUCUCACUGUAACAGUUAUGAAAGAAAAAACAAACAAAUUAAACCAUGCAACAAACAAGUCCACUUAUUUCUUAAAUUAAGAAACAAAAAAAAACAAGUAUAUAACGCUUCUGUGAGUUUUUAAACAAGUGAUUAAAGGAAAAACAAAACAAUGGAACCCUAUAUAAAACAUUGAACGUGGCAACAAGUAAAUCAUUAUGAAUGAAUAAGUGUACUCAGCCCAAGCUACAGACAAAAGUAUUUAGUAAGCUUAAGUUCAAUAAUAACGACCCUAUUUACUAUUCAGUACUUAAACACGAACACUUUUUCACAAAAAAAUAUUGAUGUCGUCACCUUUUUCUAUGGUUAGAGCGAAUCGGCGAGCCGUUACGUAAUUGUGUGAGCCCGUUGUCUCCUUUCAAACAACAUAGAAUAGUUUGAUUUAAUGCCUUUUUCAGUGACAAUGUGAGUUGGCCUCUUUUAAAAGUUUAUAAAAAAAAUAAAACGCAAUACCCAGACACACAGACACAAACAAGAAUAAUAAAACCAAGCGAAAACAGCUGACAAAAGAACGAGACAAAGUGUAUCCCUAAUCAUGAGAAGAAGAAGGAGAAAAGAAAGCUGUCCAACAGAUUAAAACAGAAAAAAAGAAGAUAAUUGUGAAACAAAGAAGAAGAAGAAAAAAACGCAAGAAACCAAGUAUUUACCGAAACCGAAAAGUAUAAAGUGGAAACCUAAAACCAACCAACAACCAAAACAGACGUGAAACUGUCGUAAACAAUAAACAAUUGAAAUAAAUAUUAUAUAUUUGUGCAAACAGGAAAC